AAACUCAAUGUUUUUGAAGGUUAACUUUCCACUUGAGAAUGUGGGCAAAGGAGAGGUUAUAUUCUUAGAGUGUAGUUAGGUUGAUUCCAUUAGUACAUACAGUAAUAGAAAGCUAUCAACGUAUAAAAAGGAAGAAGAGUAGAUAGGAAUGUUGUGGGGUCACUGGAAAACGAACUGUUAUUCAAAGUUUGUUUAUCUUUCACUGUCUUUGUCCUUGAUUAUCGUUUCGAUUUUUGUUGGGCACCGCACCCUUGUUUGAUUGAUCCCAAUUAUUAUCGAAGUUUGCUGGCUUUGCUGACUAUUGGAUUUGUCUGCUUUUACCCUUUUUACUUAACACCAGAAAAUCAUGACACCUCGCUUUCUGUUUCUGGGUCACACUUUGCACAUUUUAUUCUUGCUUUCAGUUAAAUCCGUCCAAUUCUUGAUUUUGGAUUUGGGAAUUUUUUAUUUGCAACAUAAACUGAAUGGGUUUCUGAGAAACAAUCAAACAAUUUGAAUUUAUCUGAGAUGAAGGAUGUGGGAAAGAGAGUUGUGGUUGUUGCUGUGAAAGCUUCAAGAGAUAUUUCAAGAAGUGCUUUUAUUUGGGCAUUAACUCAUGUGGUUCAACCUGGAGAUUCUGUUAAGUUGCUGGUUCUCAUUCCUAAUCAUACCUCAAGUAAAUUCUUUUACUGCCCUAACAUACUACUAAGGGCUUUCUCCUUUUAUGUUUCAUUUUAUUUCCUUCAAUUACUGCAGGAGAAGUUUGCUAUUAUUGAUUGUCUAAUUUAGAGGAUUACCCAGUUUUUUGUUUCCUUCAUUUAUGCUCCUUUUUUCGGAAACAGCCUCUCUACCCCGACGAGAGGUAGUGGUAACACUUCACUGGGUAUGUUGCUGUUGAUUGUGCAAUUUAGAGGAUUACCCUGUUUUUGUUUCCUUCAUUUCUGCUCAUCUUUUUGGGAAAUGGUCUGCGUAUAAUCUACCCUUUCAAGACCCCAAUUAGUGGGAAUUUAUUAGGUAUAAGGCUUUGGGGAUUACGUAGAUUUAACAGUGAUUGCACGGCUAGCAACUGGAGAUCACUGUCUGGAACGACUUUAGAUCAAAAGGAUUUCAUUUCAGAAUCGUGUACUCAAAUGUUGCUUCAACUUCAUGAUAUUUAUGAUCCAAAUAAAAUGAAGGUGAAGGUCAAAGUCAUUUCUGGAUCACAGUCUGGAGUAGUGGCUGCUGAAGCUAGGAGAGUUCAGACUCGAUGGGUGGUAUUGGAUAAGAGAAUGAAAAAAGAGGCUAGAAUCUGUAUGGAGCAACUGGAAUGCAAUAUUGUUCAGAUGAAACACUCUCAACCAAAAGUGCUUCGUUUGAAUUUCCUUGGAUCCCCAAACACUGAAACUGAAGUCUCCCGUACGUCACAAGCAUCUUCGAAACAUUUAGGUGAAAAGUCUGAUGAUCACUGGAAUGAGAUUCGGGUGCCGAAUGUGACUCCAGCAAGUAGUCCAGAGCAUUCAUCGUUCACCACAACUGAUGCUGGGACAUCCUCAAUUUCCAGUCUAGACAUAGGGACUUCUCCUCUUUUCUUCUCUCAGGUCAAUUGGGAUACGAAGAAGACCUUUUCACACAAAAGCAAUCAUUAUUCAGAUGAAUCCGAUUCUGAUACUGAUAGUGAAAAACUGAGUUCACCUACAACAAGCAUAUGUUCCCAGCAAUGGAUGCAAGACAUUCUUGUUGCAGCUAAGGAUUUCUCACAUUACUUAAAGAGAGACUCACCAAGAUCCAAAGGCACACUGCUAAAGUUAAAGCAUGAUGCUUUCCCAGAGAAAUUAUUUGGACUUGAUCGAGAGCCUAAAGUUUGCUCAAAGAAAGAAGCGCAUGAUGUGGAAAUAAACAGUAAUAUGAGAAAAAUGAUGUUAUUAAACAAAAGUUCUCCCGCUGAUCCUCCUCCACUUUGUUCAAUAUGUCAACACAAGGCACCUUUAUUUGGAAAACCACCUCGGUGGUUCACUUAUUCUGAGCUCGAACACGCUACCAGUCGAUUUUCACAAGCUAACUUUUUGGCUGAGGGUGGGUAUGGUUCUGUACAUCGUGGACACCUACCAGAUGGCCAAGUCAUAGCAGUCAAGCAAUACAAAUCAGCUAGUUCACAGGGAGACCUUGAAUUUUGCUCUGAAGUGGAGGUCCUGAGCUGUGCUCAACAUCGAAAUGUCGUGAUGCUGAUAGGCUUCUGCGUGGAAGAUGGAAGAAGGUUACUAGUUUAUGAGUACAUCUGCAAUGGCUCUUUAGAUUCUCACCUUUAUGGACGUAAUGGACAUCCAUUAAAUUGGUCAGCACGUCAAAAGAUUGCUGUGGGAGCUGCUCGAGGACUGAGAUACCUGCAUGAGGAGUGCAGAGUAGGUUGUAUUGUUCAUCGUGACAUGCGGCCAAAUAAUAUCCUCCUAACUCAUGAUUUUGAGCCAUUGGUUGGAGACUUUGGGCUGGCAAGGUGGCAACCUGAAGGAAACUUAGGAGUUGAUACCAGAGUAAUUGGAACGUUUGGGUACUUGGCACCGGAAUAUGCUCAAAGUGGUCAAAUAACUGAAAAAGCUGAUGCAUACUCAUUUGGUAUAGUACUAUUGGAACUUGUCACUGGAAGAAAAGCUAUAGACAUUAACCGCCCAAAGGGCCAGCAGUCCCUCAGUGAAUGGGAGCAGGCACGUCCUCUGCUUCGAAAGAGUGCCAUCUCUGAACUCAUCGACCCAUGUCUAGUGAACUGCUGCUUGGAGCAGGAGGUUCGUGGCAUGCUACAUUGUGCUUCAUUAUGCAUUCGCCGGGACCCUAAUUCAAGGCCGAGGAUGUCUCAGGUACUUCGGAUGUUGGAAGGUGACGUGUUAGUGAGCUAGGUUUGUAGUGAACACAAUGCUCUGCAGUUGAUCUUCAAAAGAAGUCGAGUUUGAAAAAGACAAUCGAGCCGAGUUAGAAAGGACAUUUCAGAAUAAUGCUCCACCUGUUCUGGACUGCAAGAAGAUGCCACAGGUAGAGAGGUCUCCUAUAUAUGAGACAAGGGGAGCUUACAUGAUAAAAUAACAAUGAUGUCAUGGUCAUUUUUAGUCCUCCCACCAUCAUAUACCAAAUUUUGUUGCACUUCAUGAUCCACAUGCAUGAUAGAAGCUGUAAAGCAGUGAUAAUAUUAAUGUGUUUUUGUUUUGUUUGUUUUUUAUGCAUAGUAGAAUUAGGAGACGUUGGAUAUAGGAAUGGCAGUGGAAGUGUAACUUGUCUACAAUCUCUGGAAAUGAAAUGGCAUGGCUUGAUUUCACAGUUUCUUGAAUUUUUAUGCUGUUUGCUUGGUAGAAUCCCUUGGAAGAUCAACUCAACCGUUGCAGAAAUAACCCUAGUCUAAAUAGUGAAGCUACUACUAGCAAGGAGAAGGGGGUUCUUACAAAUGUACAUUUCAAAACAGUUCAUAUCUUAUAUAGUCCUAUAAUUUAUUUAUAAAUAGACUAACCAACAUAUGUUAACAAUGA